AAACAUGGCACACAACGAUGAGCCAUUUUUACAUCACUGCAUCCUUGCAAAGACAAACGUGCUCCUGCAUCAGUUCAGUCAGCAGUGUUACACUGUAUAACGUUGAGUUUAUCGUCUGAGUGGCCACAUCCAUCCAUGUGAAAUGCAGAGGAAUGAUGCUGGCACAGCGCCCGCUGCAGUCUGCACACCGCACUCUUGAAAUCACGCCUCACUGGCUUCCACUUUAAUUGGUACCACAGCAGCUCCAGUGUGGAGAGAGCUCACCUGUUUUUUUUAAUUGGACUAUCGCGACAAGUAUUCGUAAGUGACGUCGAUGCCACUUACGAUUGUCGUCGGAAUAUCUUAGGAUAUCUGAGGAAGCUUAAUUGGACACAGACUGCAGUAGCAGCAGCAGCAGCAGCGCCAGCAAACGAGGGACGCGCUGCUCACCAGGCCGACAAGACAAGUGAGGCAGUCUGCAGCGGGGCAGCGGGGCUCAGGCAUCUCAGCCUGUAGAUAGAUGCAGGACAGAAGGCUGUGAAGCGCUUCGACAUGGACCAGCGGUAACAAACCAAAUGAUUUGGUUGCAUCUGCUUCAUCUUUGAGCUUCUGAGCUGAACAGGAGAGCUGUUACAUUGACUUUUUGUGCUUGCGUAAAAACUCUGGAAAAUCGGCUGUUUUUGCCUCUCCAGAAGGUAGUGCUGGACGCAGGGACUGCUUCUUCCUUAUUCUGUGGCAUCUGCUGGCACCCUGAGAUUAUCAGCAUCGAAGCCUCUGUCCGUUUUUUUGUUUGUUUGGGUUUUUUUGGACAAGUGGUCGGUGCGCGCCUGCGUUUGGAGCCAUGGGUUGUACGGUGAGCGCUGAGGAUAAGGCUGCCGCGGAGAGGUCAAAGAUGAUUGACAAAAACCUCCGAGAGGACGGAGAGAAGGCAGCCAGAGAAGUGAAACUGCUUUUAUUAGGUGCUGGGGAGUCUGGGAAGAGCACCAUUGUAAAGCAGAUGAAGAUCAUCCAUGAAGAUGGUUACUCAGAAGAUGAGUGCAAGCAGUACCGAGCAGUGGUUUAUAGUAAUACCAUCCAGUCUAUUAUGGCCAUUGUUAAAGCCAUGGCCAGUCUCAAGAUAGACUACAGCAACCCUUCCAGAGUGGAUGAUGCUCAGCAGCUCUUUGCCCUGUCUGCAGCUGCAGAGGAACAGGGCAUCCUUCCUGAUGACUUGGCCAAUGUGAUCAGGCGAUUGUGGGGCGACAGUGGCAUACAGAGUUGCUUUGCACGGUCGCGAGAGUACCAACUCAACGACUCUGCGGCAUAUUACCUGAAUGACCUGGAGAGGAUAGCUAAAGCAGAUUACAUCCCGUCCCAGCAGGAUGUGCUGCGAACUCGGGUCAAGACCACUGGCAUUGUGGAGACUCACUUCACUUUCAAGGAACUGCACUUCAAAAUGUUUGAUGUGGGAGGCCAACGUUCAGAGAGAAAGAAGUGGAUCCACUGUUUUGAAGGAGUCACCGCCAUUAUCUUUUGUGUUGCACUGAGUGCUUAUGACCUGGUGUUGGCUGAGGAUGAAGAGAUGAACCGAAUGCAUGAGAGCAUGAAGCUGUUUGACUCUAUCUGCAACAACAAGUGGUUCACUGAGACCUCCAUCAUCCUCUUCCUCAACAAGAAGGAUCUUUUUGAGGAGAAGAUUACUCGCAGCCCCCUCACCAUCUGCUUCCCAGAGUACACAGGAGCCAACAAGUUUGAUGAAGCAGCCAGUUACAUUCAGACCAAGUUUGAGGACCUGAACAAGAAAAAGGACACAAAGGAGAUCUACACCCACUUCACCUGUGCCACGGACACCAAGAACGUGCAGUUCGUCUUCGACGCCGUCACCGACGUCAUUAUUAAGAACAACCUGAAAGACUGUGGUCUUUUCUAAAGGAAAAAGCCCAACGCAUGCAGACUGCAUGAGAGACUGCAACAGCCAUGUGAUGAUUACUGCUUUUCAUAAUGAAAACCAUAACAGACUUGAUUCCUAGAGGGGGAUCCUUAAAGAACUUCCACAGACACUGAUUUGCAACCAUCACAUUUUCUGUCACUUGUGUUAUUAUUUUUUAUAUCUGUAUUUCUUACCGCUCUUGAUCAGGGGUUCUCAUACUAUUCAUACUGAACGCAUAAUGAAUAGAUAUUUGACCAAGGACCCCCUUUAGGACAAGAAUCACUAACAAUCAAGGGCACUUACCUGUUUUUAAAUUAGAUUUGUAACAUAAAUGAUAUUAUCCGACUGACUUACUGUAAGUGGAAAAGAAUUGUGCUGAAGAGUAAAAAUCAUAAUAAUAAUCCAUUAUCUCAUCAUGCCACAAAUUUAAGUAUUUUUCAUUCUUAAUAGGCCUUUGAGGGCCAGUUUGAGACCACUUAUUUAAUCAGUAAAUUGCAGAAGGAAAAGAGGACAAAGAAGAAGAUGGCAUACUUGAUUUAAUGAAACAAUUGUUUUCUAUUUAGACCUCUUUUUGAGUUUUUUUUUAGGUUUUUCAUUUUACUUUCCCUUUUUUGCUUUUGGAGUUUAAUAAGAGAAUACAGUAAAUGAAACAACUUUUUUAUAAAAAAAAAUCACAUUAACUUACGUUAACUAAUGUUGGCAUUUUAUGAACCUUUUGACUGCACAGAGCUUAUUUUUAGAAGAAAACAAACACGCAUGGAGAAUGAAUAUGGAUGAAGGGAAAAUGUUUUUUGUACAAUGUUUACACAGAAUCAAUAUUCAUAGUUGUACUAUUAGUGCAUUGUUCUGCAUGACUGUCCAUAGAUUAGCUUGUAUCCCACAUGAACUAAAUAACAUUCCUUAAGUAACUUCUUUAAAGAAACAACACAGAAAUGAUUAUGUGUCACUUUUAAGAUAUCUGCAAGAUUUUUAAGUGGUUAUGUCUGUUCCUAACAUGGAUUGUUCUGUACUAUCUGUUUCAUUCCAAGUCUUUUUACAUAUGUUUGUGCCUUGAUAUCUGUUUACACUUGUUCUUUAGAGACAUGCUAUCUUCAUAGUGUGAAUUAGGGCUAUUUCUACUCUUACACUUCAGUUCACAUAACCCAUGAUUUAAGAUGCACCAUAACACAGAGACAAAUGGAUGAUAGGUGUUCAUUAAUAUUAAGAGAAAAGUCAUUCACUUGUUAAAUGUAAAUAAACGUUUGGUCACAUGA